AUGGAUGGUUUUUCGGACAUUCCACAGAUGCAUGCAGGUUCUGCAACACUGUAUCAUGAUGCAGCCUGCUGUCAGGAAAACCAACCGCAGAAGAUUGCUAUCAUCGGUUAUGCCUGUCGUCUGCCAGGGAAUGUCUCAUCGCCUACAGACUUGUGGGAGUUGUGCACACGGAAACGCAGUGGCUGGUCACCCAUUCCAAAGGACCGUUUCGCGUCCGGUGCAUUCCACCACCCCAACCCUUCCAAAGUGGGCACAUUCAAUCCAACAGGUGGUUACUUCCUACAGGAUGACAUAGCGCGCUUUGACGCCCCUUUCUUCAAUAUAACGGCCCAGGAGGCAAUAUCUAUGGACCCACAACAGCGUCUACUACUCGAAUGUUCCUACGAAGCUGUGGAGAGUGCUGGCCUACCUAAGGAAUCCCUCGCAGGAAGAAACGUCGGUGUUUUUGUCGGCGGUAAUUUUGCCGAUUAUGAGCUGCGCAAUGUACGCGAUGUCGAGACGAUACCUAUGUACCAAUCGACGGGCUGUGCGCCAUCACUUCAGUCCAACCGAUUAUCUUACUAUUUUGACUUCCGGGGUCCCAGUUUCACAGUUGACACUGCGUGUUCUUCCUCUCUGGUAGCGCUUCAUGCAGCCGUGCAGAGUUUACGGAAUGGCGAGUCGACUGAGGCUCUCGUUGCCGGAUGUAGACUAAAUAUCGUUCCUGACUUGUUUGUGUCCAUGUCAAUGUCACAACUGUUCAACGAUGAAGGGAAAACAUAUGCGUUUGAUAAUCGAGCUACAUCAGGGUUUGCGCGAGGUGAAGGCGCUGGCGUUGUCAUAUUGAAGCUUCUCGACGAUGCUCUCAGAGAUAAGGAUCCCAUACGAGCCGUUAUUGUGCAUUCUGGAGUUAGUCAGGAUGGACGAACACAAGGCAUCACGUUGCCAAAUGGACGCGCUCAGGAAGAGCUGGUCCGUCGUGUAUAUCGGGAGGCGCAUAUAAACCCCGUGGAUUGCGGCUUUGUUGAAAUGCACGGCACUGGAACCAAAGUCGGCGAUCCUAUUGAGGCUUCGGGUGUACAUGGAGCCCUAGGUGGUGGCCGGUCACCCAAGGAUCCCCUCUAUAUUGGCUCAGUAAAAUCAAACGUAGGCCAUCUUGAGGGCGCUAGUGGAAUCAUAUCCUUGAUCAAGUCUGCUAUGAUACUUGACUAUGAUCUGUUACUCCCUAAUGCGGAGUUCAAAAAGGCUAAUGAGAAGAUCCCCUUGAACGAAUGGAAUAUGAAGGUUGUGACAUCGACGAGACCCUGGCCACGAGGCAAAAAAUAUAUUAGCGUGUCUAACUAUGGGUUUGGAGGAACCAAUGCUCAUGUUGUUCUUGAGAAGGCGCCCCUGGGUUCAAGCACUCCCGUGGCUUCUAUCAACGACAACGAUGUGCUACAUCAAGACCCUAGAUAUAAGCUCAUCUUCAUAUCAGCAAAUGACAAAGAGGCUUUGCAACAAAGGAUCAAGGACUUUGGAAUGUACUUCGAGCAACGACCGGAAGUAUUUGAGAAACUGUUAUUUGGCAAUUUUGCCUACACCUUGGGUAGUAGACUUUCUCAGCUGCCAUAUCGAGUCGCACUACCAGCAAAUUCCCUGGAUGAUUUGGGUAUUCGCUUGGCCCAGUUGAAGGUCAACUCGAGUAGAGUUCUGGAAAGUCCUAGAGUAGGAUAUGUUUUCAGUGGACAAGGCGCACAAUGGGCUCAAAUGGGGCUGGCCCUCAUAGACGAAUAUCCGGUGUUCAGGACGGCGAUUCAGCAGGCCGACGACUGUCUACGAGAUCUUGGUGCGUCAUUCUCUUUAGUGGAUGAACUCAGGAAGGACUCUUCGGUUUCCUUAAUUGAUUGCCCCGAGAUCAGCCAGCCAGCUUGUACAGCCAUCCAGAUUGCUAUUGUGACACUGCUUAAAUCCUGGGGCAUACGUCCGUCAUCUGUGGUCGGCCAUAGUUCCGGCGAAAUAGCAGCCGCCUUCGCUGCUGGCAUAUACGAUUCGCAAGCAGCUAUGGCUCUCUCCUACCAUAGAGGCCAGAUGACCAGGCUCCUCAAGGAGUCGUAUCCCUCUCUUCAAGGUGGUAUGAUAGCUGCUGGGGCUGAAGCUGAUACUAUUCGUCCAAUGCUCAAACUGCUUGGAAACGGAUAUGCAACAGUGGCUUGCGUGAAUAGCCCAACAAGUGUCACGGUAUCUGGCGACCUCGUGGCAAUUGAUGAAUUGGAAAGUGUUCUUCAAGCAAAACAAAUUUUCAAUAGACGCUUAAAGAUCGACGUUGCGUAUCAUUCCGAUCACAUGAAGAGAAUAUCGGAGGAUUAUCUAGCUGCUAUUACCUCGAUUCAUCCCAAGGCUACUGUUGAUGACAACGUGAUCUUCUAUUCGUCUGUUUUAGCUGGACCAGUUGAUCCCUCAAUCUUGAAUGCUGCUUACUGGGUGCGAAACCUAGUAUCCCCAGUCCUCUUCCCUGAUGCCCUCACAGCCAUGUGUAAAGAUGACACUGGUCCUCCCAGUAUCCUUAUCGAAAUUGGUCCUCAUUCCGCAUUGAAAGGUCCAAUAGGCGACACAUUGAAAUAUUUGGGGCUGGCCCCUUCUAAGAUUACAUAUGCGUCCACUAUCGUGCGUAAAGCAGAUGCUGUAGAAUCGCUGAUGAAUACCGCUGCUAUUACAUAUGUGCGAGGCGCUACCCUGGACUCAUAUGCCAUCAAUUUCCCGUGUACCGGUGCUGUGAAAAAUUCUUUCUUGACAGACCUACCUCGAUACCCGUGGCAGCACAACACGAGAUAUUGGCAUGAAUCCCGCAUUGCACAAAAACACCAGGAGCGGGAUAACGCACGGAAUGACGUCCUUGGGGUCAUGGCAAAUUAUUCAAAUGACAGGGAACCGACUUGGAGGAAUAUUGUACGUCUAGACGAGAUUCCUUGGCUGAGAGAUCACAAGAUGCAAGGCAUGGUUGUGUAUCCGCUCGCGGGAUAUCUCGCAAUGGCCAUUGAGGCAGCUGGUCGCCGUGCUCGAGAAAGGAAUACUACAUUUUCUACAUUCGAGUUACGUGAAGUCCUUGUUGAGUCGGCAUUGGUCCUGAACGACGAUGUGGAUGUAGAAACGACCAUUUCAUUGCGCCCCUAUGAUGAAGGUACCAGAAGUGUUUCCGAUGUUUGGGAUGAAUUCAGAAUACAUUCCUGGAGCUCGCAGCGAGGCUGGAUUCAGCACUGCCGCGGUCUCGUCGGGGUCCGCACGUCGUCCAAGGCCGGUUCGCUCGGAGUUCUCGAAUCGAUUGACGAGAAUAAACGGAGUUUGGGCAAUCGAAGGAAUCAGAUUGUGACGAGGUCCAUAAAUCGGGUUUCGGAGAAAUAUCUAUACCAAGCUCUGACCAAUCUAGGGGCCGAUUAUGGGCCUACAUUUCAAGGUCUGGAGAACUGCUCUGCGGACUCUUACCAUAGCUAUGCCGAUCUUCAUGUCCGAGAUACAACGACCCUGAUGCCCAGAACAUUCGAACCGUCGCUGAUUGUACAUCCCGCCUUUCUAGAUGGUCUUUUACAUCUUGUCUGGCCCAUUCUUGGCCACGGUAUAAUGCGCUUGGACACGCUCUAUAUGCCUACCCUUAUCAAGCAUGCAACGAUAAACCGCGACAUUUCUCUAUCUGUUGGUCAGCAUGUCAGAGCUUUUGGAACUGGGAGUCCCAAUUUGCCAUCACCUCAGCCUACGAGCUUUGACCUUUUUGCACUUGCGGAUGACACCUCGUCAGACCCUUUGAUAAUGCUGGAUGGUCUGGUCAUGACCCCUAUCCGAGAUUUGGGUUUAGAGAGUGGUGCAGACGUCCGUAAACUAUGUUAUGAGCUCAAAUGGCAGCCGUUUAUAAAGCCGGGACAACUCACCAACGGACAUGGUUAUUCUGAGAGCCUACCGAGUGGGAAUUCAGGUAGUCUUACAAACGGCCCGUCCACCACUGGCGACAACCACGACAAUGAACUUGCGAAUGGCCCAAACCACGAAUUGAGCAAUGGAAUGAAUGGUCAUGGCAAUGUUAACGGAACCGCCUCGGCGCAUGACAGCAAAGGAGAUAUUUUUAUUACUCAAUUCGCCCACCAUGUUGACGAAAACCCUACUGCAUCUCAAAUUGUCAACGACUUCGAUGAAGGGCAGUCUAGAUGCUUACUGAUAACUGAACUCGAAAAAUCGCAGUUUGCUCACCGCGAUGUCAUAAUCAUUCAGUCAUCCAAGACAUCACUUCGAGACGCAACUGCUCAACAAUUUGAAGCAGUCCAAGCUAUCUUGCUGAAUGCUGCAAGGGUACUCUGGGUGUAUCAAGAUUAUUGCCCAGAUGCUCAGAUGAGUGUCGGAUUAGCUAGAAGUGUUCGAUCGGAGACUAUGGCCAAGAUAUCAACUCUGGGUAUUGACACUGAAGAUCCCAUUGCUGCCUCAAAGAUUGUUUGCAAGGUCGUCGGGGCUGUUUGGCCUACAGAUGGAUCUCAACACUGCACAGAAUCUGAAUUCAAAUCAGCUGGAUCGCAGCUUUUUGUGAUUCGAGCCUUAGAGGAUGAGGCUUCGAAUGCCUUCGUUCAUAAUGAGAUCAGCGAUAUGGCGCUGUCCAGUCAGCUCUUCCAUCAACCUGGCAGACGGUUGAAGCUCAAAAUUGCAAAUGCCGGCUCGCUCGACACCCUCUAUUUCGAUGAUGACAGUGUCAACGACCUUGACGAUGAUUCUGUAGAAAUAGAGAUCAAGGCAACAGGAAUCAAUUUUAAAGACGUUGUGGUAGCAAUGGGCCAGCUCAGCCAGCCAUACAUUGGAGUUGAGUGCAGCGGCGUUAUCACAUCGGUCGGUAAAAACGUCACGGAUGUAUUUCUUGGUCAGCGAGUUAUGGCGACACCAGAAGGGGCCUAUUCAACGUAUACUAGAUGCCCUAGCACUAGUGUUGCUCCUAUACCGGAUUCUUUGACAGACGAAGAGGCCGCUACAAUUCCUAUUAUAUUCUGCACCGCAUAUUACGCACUGUUUGAUUUAGGCAAUCUCGCCCCUGGUGAGCGUUUGCUAAUUCACGCUGGUGCAGGGGGCGUUGGUCAAGCGGCUAUCCAACUAGCACAAAUGGUGGAUGCUGACAUAUUUGUGACCGUGGGGAGUCGAGAAAAGAAGCAAUUCCUCAUGCAGCAAUACAAUAUUUCAGAGGAUCGUAUUCUAUACAGCCGUGAUGCAUCAUUUGGUCCAGCACUCCGAAGAGCCACCAACAAUGAAGGCGUUGAUGUGGUACUGAACUCUCUCGCUGGAGACCUUUUGCGAGAGAGCUGGGAAUGCGUCGCUCCGUUUGGCAGAUUUAUUGAGAUCGGAAAGGCAGACAUUACGAAGAAUACUCGCCUGGAGAUGCUCAAAUUCGAACACAACGUCACCUUUGCUUCUGUUGAUUUGACUAAAGUAGCCAAGUUCCGUCCAAAGCUGAUGAAGCGACUGCUCAAUGAUGUUUCCCGUCUUGUGAAUGAGAGCUUAGUUAAGCCAGUAUUUCCUAUUACCAGAUAUUCCUUGUCCGAAAUCGAGGCUGGAUUUAGAGCUUUGCAGACCGGAAAGAAUAUUGGCAAGUCUGUUGUUAUUCCUAAUGUGAAUGACAAGGUCAAGGCAGUGUCACUGAAAACUAAUGAGAGCCUGUUGAAACCCGAUGCGACAUAUCUUAUCAUUGGUGGCACAGGUGGUCUAGGUAGAAGUAUGGCUGCAUGGAUGUCGAGCAAAGGAGCAAGGUGGAUUGUCCUAGUGUCACGGUCUGGCUCUGUCGCCAAUGACUUGAAAGUCCUCGUUGACGACCUGGCUCUUCGCGGAACACAAAUAGUUGUCAAAUCGUGUGAUGUUAGUUGCAAGAUUGAUGUGGAGCGUCUUGUAAACGAGGAGAUUAGAGAUCUCCCUCCGAUCUGCGGUGUGGUGCAUGGAGCUAUGAUUCUGCGGUCAAGCAAGGUCCUUACUUACGGUGAUCAGGAUAUGCUAUUUGAAAACAUGACAUUUGAUGAUUUCCAAUCAGUAUCAAAGUGCAAAGUCGAAGGUGCUUGGAAUCUGCACCACAGUUUGGCACGAUCUCCAUUGGAUUUCUUCAUUGCCCUAUCAUCCGUGGCCGGUGUGGUGGGCAAUCGAGGUCAAGCAGCAUAUUCCGCGGCCAACGUGUUUCUGGAUGGCUUCAUGGAGUACCGUCGUUGCCAGGGGCUUCCUGGCACGUCCAUCGAUCUUGCUGCAGUCACUGAUGUUGGAUACUUGGCUAAUAGUGAUCCAUCACGGCGACAAGAGGUGGUAAAGAAUAUUGGAGGUGCCACAAUCAACGAAUCCGAGGUCCUUUCGUUGCUCGCUUUAGCUAUUUCUGGCAGUUACACUACCUCCGGCCAGAGUCAGAUUAUUACAGGGCUAGAAGCAACGGAUGGAUUGGAUAGUUUCUGGCUUCAUGACUCCAAAUUCACUGUCAUUCGCGAGUCUGUCCAGUCGCUUGUGGGCCAUUCCUUGAAAGACGCGAAAGAACUACCUCUACGCAUUGCUGUUAAAGGGGCGACGUCCAAGGAAGAGGCAGUUCAGAUUUGCUACUCAGCUCUCGCAACCAAGCUUGCCACGGUGCUCGGAAUAGCCGCUGAGGACAUGGAUACCUCGACCAGAGUCUCCUCACUGGGGCUGGAUUCCCUGGUGGCAAUUGAAAUUCGCAACUGGAUUGCGCGUGAGGCCGAUGCAAAUAUCCAAGUGUUGGAGCUGCUGUCCAGCGAGUCAUUAGUCAAAUUGGCGGAAUUGAUUUUGAGCAAGUCCAAGCUUGCUGGACCCAAGUGA